AUGGAACCUCAGAGUGCCAGAGUUAGGACCGUUCUCGUCACCGGUGCGAAUGGAUACAUUGGCAACGCUGUCGCGAGAGGAUUCGUUCGCGCCGGCUGGAUCACGUACGGCCUCGUCAGGUCCCCCUCGAGUGCGCACUCACUUGCUGCUGAGGAGAUUCUGCCUAUAAUAGGCAGCAUCGGCGAUGUUGGCACGCACGAUGAGAUCAAAAGCCAGCUGCCCCCGGCCCUCGACGCCAUCGUCUCCACCACCGAAGACCACAGCGACUAUGUUCAGCACUACACUGCUAUCAUCAGUCUUCUGCGCACAGUGGCAUCAAGAAGUGUGGAAGACGGGAUCAGGCCACUAGUCAUCUUUACCUCGGGUUGCAAGGACUACGGGCUGGGUCCUCACUUCGCCAACGAUCCCUCCCUCAGCCCUCACACCGAGCUGAGUCCCAUCCGUCCACCAGUUUUCGCCGCGCUGCGUGCAGAAUAUUCUCAAAAGAUUCUCGAGCACGACGACCUCUUUUCCCCAGUCUUGGUGAGGCCCACGAAUGUCCACGGACGGUCGUCAAGCUUCUAUGGUAUCUUCCUGAGCGUUGCCAACCAGGUUGCCACAGACGACAAGCCAUUAGUGAUGCCGGUCCCACCAGACAGCAUUGUCCACAGCAUGCAUGUCGAUGACUGCGGUGACGCGUAUGUCGCUAUCGCAGCGCAUCCACGGCGGGAAGACGUCUCGGGACAGGUCUUCAAUAUCUCUGCGCGGAGGUACGAGACGGUGGAUGAGGUGGGGAGGGCACUAGCUGCUGAAUAUGGUAUCUCGGAGGGGCUGAAGUACGUUGACAAGAAGGAUCUGGGGCAGGGAGAGAGUCCAUGGCCCCCGGGACUGGUGGACUUUCCCCAAUGGACAGGAUCCGAGAAGCUUAGGAGCAUCACGGGCUGGAGAGACCAUCGGCCGUUGUUCUCAGAGGCGAUUCAUGUUUAUCGGGUGGCGUAUGAUGCAGCGCAAUCAGCUGGACACGAGAAUGUCCAAAAGGUGGGCAAGCUCUACGAGACAGCGUUGUCCACUGGGCGAUGGAGAAGGGUUUAA